AUGGCUUCCUCAUCUAUGGCCUUUCAAAUGAAUAUGACCAGUUGCUCCAUUCAUGGGAGGCCGCCGAUCCCCGACAACUACGGGCGCUUCAAGUCAUCAUUGUCUUCCGCCGUCAAGCAGCCAUUGUUGGGACGACUGCAACAAGCUGUUCCUGAGAUUAGAAUAGAAGCGAUCUCCGAAACCAUGAAGAACACUUCGGCAAAAAUGAUGGACGCUUUUGUUGAUUCGGUCUUUGAAUUUGUUGAUCAACCAUUGCUCCCAUCUCAGAGCAACUAUGUGCCGGUUGAUGAGUUAGGAGGGCCUGUGGCUGUCACCAGCAUUGAAGGGGACAUUCCUGAUAAAUUUCCCCAAGGUGUUUACAUACGAAAUGGACCAAAUCCUCUUUUCGGAGGACUAAAAUCAACAAAAUCUAUGUUUGGGAAGUCAAACCACAUUUGGGUGGAAGGAGAAGGAAUGCUUCAUGCUUUAUAUUUUAGCAAAAAUAAAAAUGACUCCAAUUGGAUUGUUCACUACAACAACAAAUACGUUGAAACCGAAACUUUCAAGUUAGAAAAAGGAAGAAACAAACCCUCUUUUCUUCCUACUGUUGGAGGCGAUUCAUCCGCUGUUCUAUUUGCUUAUUUACUGAAUUUGGGGAGGUUUGGCAUGGUAAACAAAUACAUGAGCAACACCAACGUGUUUGAGCAUUCAGGGAAGUUAUAUUCAAUCGCAGAAAAUCAUAUACCUCAAGAGAUCGACAUUUCUACGUUAAAAACAUUGGGCGAUUGGAAUCUCUCACGAGCUUGGGACAGACCUUUUACAAGCCAUCCAAAGAAAGCUCCCGGCACUGGAGAGUUGGUUAUUAUAGGGAUGGAUGCAAUUAAACCUUAUUCUGAAAUAGGAGUAAUUUCUGCUGAUGGAAAUAAAAUAGUUCACAGAGCAGAUUUCAAACUCGAUCGGUGUACAUUUUGCCAUGACUUUGGAGUUACAAAGAGGUACAACGUGUUCAUGGAUUUUCCAGUUACAAUAGACAUUAUAAGGCUUGUCUGCGGAGGCCCAUUAAUAAAGUACAACAAGGAAGGGUACGCAAGGAUAGGGGUUAUGCCCCGCUAUGGUCACGCAAAUUCCAUCAGAUGGUUUAAAGUUGAACCAAAUGCCACAUUUCACAUUAUUAAUUGCUUUGAAGAUGGCGAUGACGAGGUUGUGAUCUGGGGUUGUAGAGCUCUUGAAUCGGUUGUAGCUAGCGAGGCAAAAACUGAUAUCUCUACUGGAGAUGCUUUACUGCAUCAUCGUCCUUACGAAUGGCGAUUAAACAUGCGAACGGGACAAGUACUUAAGGAGAAGAAUCUCACUGCUGAUGCAGAAUUUUCUAUGGAUUUUCCAAUAAUCAAUCCAAAUUUUACUGGUCUUAGAAACAAAUUUGGUUACACACAAGUUGUUGAUCAUAUGUCGAGCUAUACUUCAGGUACUAUAUUUAAAUUUGGCGGCCUGGCAAAGCUACAUUUUGAUCAACUAGAUACAAGAUAUUCGUCGACUAAAAGUGAAUCUAAAGAGGCGAUAAAAGUGGAAUACCAUAUGUUUGAGAAGAAUACCUUCUGUACUGGAGCUUCUUUUGUUCCUCAAGAAGGAGGCGUUGAAGAAGAUGAUGGUUGGAUUGUCACUUUUGUUCACAAUGAAGAUACCAACACAUCCCAAGUACUUGUUAUUAGUACAAAGAAGUUUUCUAGUGAGCCAGUUGCCAAAUUUACGUUGCCGUGCAGAGUUCCAUAUGGAUUUCACGGAGCUUUCAUAUCAGCCACAAUAUAA